UAUUACUGCAUAUUAAUGUGCAUUGUUUUACAGUGAGUCAAUGGGAUGGGGAUAGAGAGGGGUGAGGUAGCAGGCAAUCUGUCUGCCUGUCCCCUAGCUGGAGACCGAGAUCAGCGGCUGAUGCGAUCUGAGAUCUCCUGACAUUGUUGCUGAGCUGUGAGCAGGAAACGCCGCUGCAAAACACAGGCCUGCCAAUGAAUGAAUGAACGAAUGAAAUAAGGGCGGCGUGAUGCUUUGUUCAUUUGCACUGCGGUCUGUGGGAUCAUAUAACCACGAGUGCGCUCUUUUGUUUGUUACGGACGCUCUCCGGCUGUUGAACUUGCGCGUAGUUCGCGAAAGUGUCAUGAAGGAACAUGAAUGGAGACAUUUUGACACCGUUAGCUCUAGUGUUUCCGGUAUAACGGGAAUGGAUCGCUGUGUCCUAGCGAAAUGUUUGUCAACACCGCAAAAGAGGCGGGUUUAAAUGAUCGUUGUUAAUUGCUUGCUGAGUUAUACGUCCAUUGUAGGGAAGAAACAGGUGCUGCAUUAUGUUUUUAUGUGGACUGCUGUGUCUCAACAUAGCUGUAAUCAUUUACUCAAAAUCAGGGUGCAAAUUAUGGGCCUGGCCCUUUUUAAUUAACUUGGGGUGUCUUAUAAGUGUGUUCUUUGUACAGUAACCUGUGUAAGCAAUUCAACAGCCUACUCAAACAGUAACUGCAGGACUGGAAGCCUGUUUAUUUCCACUAUGACUGCCCUCAGGCAGAGGAAGGGCAGUAAAGGGAAGGACCCCGGGCCCAGCAUUCAGAACCUGAAGCCAGAUUGUACAGCUGAACCCAGAGAGAAGUUUGCAACAGGUGGUUUCUCAUGGUGGACAAUCUUGUGUCUAAUGACCGGCUCCAUAGUGGGAGUUAGUCUGGGCUUGCUGUGCUGCAUCUAUGUGGCUACACUUCAUGAAAAUGACCUCUGGUUCUCCAAUAUAAAGGAAGUCGAGCGUGAAAUCUCCUUCCGGACAGAAUGUGGCCUUUAUUACUCCUACUACAAACAGAUGUUGAAGGCGCCUUCUAUACAGCAAGGUCUUUAUGAACUUAUUCAUGACAACACUACUGAAUCAAAGAGAACAAUAAACAUCCUACAGCGUAUGAAUAUCUACCAAGAAGUGUUCCUUAGCAUUUUGUACAGAGUACUUCCCAUCCAGACCUACUUGGAGCCAAUUUAUUUCUACAUCUACACAGUGUUUGCUUUGCAGACAGUGUAUGUCAUCGCCCUCUUUAUCACUAGCUGGUUACUCAGUGACUCAUGGCUGGCUGGAGCCCUCAGUGGAGUCUGGUACAUUCUCAACAGAGUGGACACCACACGCGUGGAGUUUACCAUCUCUCUGAGGGAGAACUGGUCAAUACCUUUCUUUGCUCUUCAGGUGGCUGCAAUAACCUGUUAUUUAAGGCCACAGCUAAAACCUAUUCACCAGAGGGUGGUGCUGUGGCUGGUGUUCGUCUCCACCUUCUGCUUCUGUUUGACAUGGCAGUUCAAUCAGUUUGUCCUACUGGUGCAGGCCCUUAUAAUCUUCACUCUGGAUUGCCUGGACUUCUUCACAGCAGAACAGGUGGUUUCUCUGUACCUGAUGCAGGUGUUGAGUCUGUUAUUGGUGUGGUUACUGCAGUUCUGCAAUUCUAUGAUUCUGGGCUCUCUGGUGCUCAGCUUCAUUGUUUCUGCCCUCUUCAUUAAACACUUCCAGACGGGACUAAAGACGGGCGGCUUUGCUAUACGAGUAGGAAAACUGGCUCUUCACACAGUCCUAGUCCUCACAUUAACUUUCACCAUCAAUUAUUCAGCCAAGAAAAUACUCCAGCUGAAAUCGGACGAGCACAUCUUUAAGUUCAUAAAGGCCAAGUUUGGCUUCGGGGCAACGAGAGACUUUGAUGCCAGCCUCUAUCUCUGCGAAGAGGCUUUUGGCUUGUUGCCAUUGGAUACAUUUGAGCGGUUGGCUGGCACAGUGCUGCUCUAUCCGUAUCUGUGCACCCUCAGUGUGCUUUUCAUCUUGCUGCUGCUGGUGGCGCUCUCUAAUCUCAGCUUGAAUGGGUCAGGACAAGCGAGCGGGGAGAGAGAGGACAGGACCUUUAGGAUGCGUCCGGACGUCGCUUACAAUCUCUUGCACACCGUCUUCUUUGGCCUGCUCGCUUUUUCCACCAUGAGGAUGAAAUAUCUGUGGACUGGCCACAUGUGUGCAUUCGCCGCCUUUGGGGUGUGUGGGAAGGAGGUGUGGUCGUUGUAUCUGAGGGUGCUACGCUGCAACACUAAAACUAUGAUGAGACUGAUCAGGUACUCGGUUCCUAUUGUAAUACUGGCGUUUCUUUAUUACAAGUUCUGGCCCAGACUGAUGGAGGAGAUUUCUGAGCUGAGAGAGUUUUAUGACCCAGACACUGUGGAGCUAAUGGAGUGGAUCAGAUUGAAGACGCCCAAACGGGCAGUGUUUGCAGGCAGCAUGCAGCUGUUGGCGGGAAUUAAGCUGUGUACGGGGAGAGUAUUGACAAACCAUCCACACUAUGAGGACCAGGCACUAAGAGAGAGGACCAGACAGGUAUAUCAGAUCUAUGCGCGUCAGUCUGCCGAGGAGGUUCAUAAAGUGCUCGGUUCGGUUGGAGCGGACUACAUCGUGCUGGAGGACAGCAUCUGCUACGAGCGCAGGCACAGCCGUGGCUGUAGGCUGAGGGACCUGCUCGACCUGGCAAACGGACAUAUCAUGGACGGCCCAGGUGAAAAUGAGCCGGACCUCAUCCCGGCAUCUCAUCCACGGUUUUGUGAGGCCAUUAAGACCGACAUGCCUCCGUAUUCAACCCUCUUCACCCGAGUGUUUAAAAACAAAACGUUUCAUGUGUACAAACUCAAGAAAAUCAAGAAGAAAAACAAAGCUGAGAACGCUCCUUAGCGCUCAUUCCUCAACAGCAGUUGCCUACCUUCACUGGAUGGAUGAACGCCCCAUCUGGAAUGUUCAAUGAGUGUGUGAUAGUAGCAGGUGUGUGCGAGUGACUGUGUGCAUGAGAGAGAUUGGAGAGAUGCCUGAUUGAGCCAGCACGCACUAGAUGAUUUGGUCCGUGUUUGUGUGUGUAAAUCUGUUCUGAGCCGGUCUGCCGCAACAGGAGCUCAAGUUUUAACGUGGAGCGAGGAGGAAAAUCUCUUUUUCUCACAGUCUGUCGCACCCCCUCGUUCGCUUUCUCUCUCGCUGAACGUCGCAUCUCUUUUGACACGUGCCCUUCCCAAAUACACGUUUAUGCUUUCACACACAUUUGCUACUUAAAGGAAUUGGGAGAUUGAAGACGUAACAACUGCUUUCACAGCCUCAUUCCUGUCACACUUCCAACAAUAGGAAACAGCAAUGAACAAGAAUGCUUUGUAAUUGAAAUUCACAAGAGCAGUUUGGGGUAAUUAGUGGCUGUGGCAGUGUUGUCUUUAUAUCUGCCAAACUGUUGGCCAGUGUCAAGUUGGGCCAUAUCCUGCUGUCUGGCUGUUUAAAAAAUAAAAUGAAUCUCAAGAACCAGCCUAACUGAUGGGCAUUGAGAAAGUGCCAUAAAUACUCAUUGUAAGAAUAAAUGUCACAUUUACUUUGACCUAGAAUUGGUGAAUUACAAGUUUUCUCAUAUUUUCAAUGUGAUUGCAAACUUUCGGAUUCUACUGUAUGUUUUGUGCUUUAGUCGUGUAGGUAGGAGGUUGUCACUUUGGCACUAUAGAAGGCUAAGAAGAUGUGACGGUAUAGAGAUUUUAAAAAGGGUUAUUAAAUUUAGUAUGUUUUAGGAUAAAUAACAGCUCACGUAUUCUUACAUGUCCCAUUACAUUCCUUAAUCCUUCAUUGUGACGUAGUUUGGUUGAAUUAUUCAUAGUUUGAGUCUUUUUAAAAAUAUUGAAUGGUCAAUGUUACAACGCUAAUUUUUCCAUCUUGCGCUCUAAAUGAAGAGCCUUUAGUGUAUGAAAGUGCCUUUCCAUUUUUGGAUAAGCUCUGCUGCGCUAAUGAUUCAUGCAUUCAAAGACAUUCAGAUACAUGGCCUCAAGUGCUACCAAAAUUUACCUACCUUCAAUUUUUGCUGCUGUGUUUUCUUUCCCCGGGAUGUUAGAUGAAUAUCUUUGUAGGUGCAAAACCGUUUUGAAUAACUUUAAAGUGUUUGAAGAUAAACAUGGGAUUUCUUUUUCUGCAAAUUCGGUUUGUAGCAUGAGGGCUCCUCUGUGACAUUCUGUGAUUGUAUUAUAAUAUGGUGAAACCACUGUUGUUACCUUACCUGUUGAGACGGUUGGCACGUAAACCUUUGCUUCACACAACAUCUGUCACAACACAUUGUUCCUCAGGAGAUGAUCUUUAUGGAGGUGUGUGCUUUGAUUUCAUAUGCUGACAUUGUUUAACUAUAAGAGUUCUUCGGUACAGUUCAUUGCACUAGUUUGUUACUGUGGUAUUUCGCGCGGAUUGUUCAUUUGUGUCAGAAGUGUUGAUUUGUCUUUGGAUGUUCAGUGUACAUUUCCAUUUUUGUAUUAAAGCAGAUUUGUAUGGUG